AAAAGUUAAAAUUUAGAAAGAAGCAGUUGGAUUGAAUCAUUUAACAUCUUGAAGCUGGCGUCUUCAGGCAGAGUUGUUAGUGUUAAUUAGCAGAAGUGGCCGCACCUGGAAUUAAAAGUGGCAGCAUCUGUCUGAGGAGGUUUUACUUUUCUGCUCAGGUAAGGUAAAAUUGUCCCUUUGUUGCUAAUAUGCGAGUACGGCACCAAGAUGACUUCCAGGUUUGGCCAGAAGAAAGUUGGAAGACAUCGGGAGUUCUCAGGCUCCAAUCUGCUCAGGGAGCCCAACUCUCUGAAUGAGCAUUCCCACAGUGGCUCCUGGUGGGCUGACAGGGAGGAGCACAGGGAGCAAGGAGACUUCCUCAGGGAGCAACUGAAGGAAAUGGAUGAGCACGUGGCCAGGCUUCAGGACAUGCUGAGAUGUGAACGGGCCAAACAGGAGGCUGAGCUGAGGCUUCGAGAGCAGCACACCAACAGACUGAAGCAGCGUCUGUCUCAGCUGACAGACAGACAGAAAGAAAAAGGACCCUCCAUAGAGGUGUUGAACUUUCUUCCUGGAGGUCGAGGCAAAAGAGAGCAACCAAUCAAAUCUCUCAGGUCUACUGCAAAACAAGAAGAAGCAAUACUGCGUCUGAUGCUGGAGCGCAGAGAAGCUGAGCUCAGGGAGGCGAUGAAAGUGCGCCACAGCCUCACCACUUUACUUCAUGCACUCAGAGUGGACAUGGAGCAUACACUGUCACACAUGGUGGAUGUUCAGGAUGAAGCCCAAACUGAAAACAAGACGCUGGAUCAAGGUGAGAGAGCGCUUGGUGACCAUGUGACAGGAGGUGUGGUUCAGAGUUGGAGGCAGUUGCAGAGGAGACUGAGUGACAUCCCAUCUGAAGGCAACACUGGCGCUGGUACCGACCAUGACAAGCUCCUGGCUCAACUAGAAACUGAACUGAAGGAGAGUCAACAGCUCGUCCGAUUACAACAGCAGCUGCUGCAGGACAGUCUUGCUACACCUGUCCCCUCUGAACUGGCUGAUUCCUACUUUUUGGAAGAGUGGGACCGUCUUCAGGUGCGCUGGGCAGAGCUCGACCACCAGAGGAGGACUUUUGAAAGGGAGAGGCAGUCCUUCACCGAUGCUGCCAUUCGGCUGAGCCAUGAGCGCCGUGAUUUUGAGCAACACAAGGCUUCCGUCCUGAAGCAGCAGUAUCUGUGUGACUCACCUCUGUCAGGUAAAGGAGCACCGAGCCACAACAGGACAGAGAGCACCGCUCUCAGUUUUGCGAGUUUGGGGCCCACAGGCGUAUCUGGCUGUCUUCCCAUCACGCCGUCCUCCACCGAGUCGGGGACAUCCGCUGUUUGUGGAUCACAUCAGGGAAGAGUUCAAACCCCCAGCACUCCUGAACUCUACUCUGCCCUCAAUCUGUCACACACCUGCAGAACCAGAGACCCUGAUCAUCAGUCAGAGUCAUGGGAUGCUGACAUGCACACCCGACAGGCUCCACAUUCAGACUGGUCAUUUUAAUGCAAUUUUGAUGAUUUUUGGUGAUUAAAAUUGUAUUGUACCUUAAAUCGUCAUUUUAAAAUAAUCAAUAAAGUUUUAUUAUAAUUUU